GACAUCAACAUGCGUAAGGCGUUUAAGAGCAGUACCAUCCAGGACCAACAGGUGGUCUCACGGACCUCAGUCCCCAACCCUGUGGUAGAGAUGUACCAUCGCUGUGACAAACCUCCACCUCUCAACAUACUCAGUACCUAUAGGUUAGUACCUUUUUAGUAUACUUAUCUCCUAGCCUGACUACCCAUCCACAUCGAGCCGGCCAAACACCACACCCACCAGCGUUUCUUCUCCACAAUGAUUCUGGAUUUGCUUUCCUCCCUGACGUCUUGUAGAAUACAAACACAUUCCGACCGUUUCAAUUGGUCCCAGAUACCGAUGUGUUGGGCCAGAGCCGGCCUGGCCUAACAUCAUUUGCUUUGAUACUCUGAUUGGUUAGAGAUGAUCCAAUGGCUGAAUAAUUUGUUUUGUACCCCGCCCCUCAUUUUGACGUUAGGCAACUUAUCUGCUAUUGGUUAGUUAAACCUCUGUCCCCAACCCUGUGGUAGUGAUGUACCAUCGCUGUGACAAACCUCCACCUAUCAACAUACUCAGCCUCUAUAGGUCAGCACCUCAGUAUACUCAGCCCCUAUAGUUAGCCUGUAGGUCAAUUAAACCACCACCUCUCUGAAAACGUACAGGUAAGAUCAUCCUCACAAUUGCUGUGAAUCCCAGUCUGAUGCUGAGAAAGGCACAUCACUGACCCAAUGCUCUGUGAAUGACUAAUGCAAUAGAUGCAAUGCACCUGACCCAUUUCUCUCCCUCUUCCUCCCUUCUCCUCUCUCUCUCUCUCUCGCUCUCUCCAUCCCUCGCUCUCCAGGGAUGAUAAGAAGGAUGCGUUGAAGUUCUACACAGACCCCUCCUACUUCUUCAUGCUGUGGAAAGAGAAGAUGCUUCAGGCCACAGAGGACAAGAGGAAGGAAAAGAGACGACAGAAGGUGUGUGUGUGUGUGUGUGUGCAAGUAUGCGGAUGCAUGUGUACUUGAUCUCUUCCUUCUCUAUCUGUCACUGCCUCUUUCUCUCUCUUCCCCUCUUUCCUUCCCCUCUUUCACUCUGUGCCUCUGGUCGUUGUGUCUCCUUGCUGACAGUGCUUGUGUUCAAACAUGUCAACUAGAGGCACUCCAGUGAGGGUGUGCUGAACUUUACUAUACUGUAUUGCUUGGAUGGGGAAAGAGAGAAUAUCAUCCAUUACUGCUUCACUGCUAUGUUCUUUGCAUCUCCACAUGCUUCUUUUGAUCUCACAUUCCCUUUGCUUUGCUGUGUUAUAAUCCAGGCUGUGUGUGUUCUGGUACACACUCCCUGUGUGUUUUGAACUCAAUCACAUCCCUCACGCCCCUUCUACGUCCAAUUCCCCUAGAAACAUAACCCCUCUUGCUGUCUAAAGAGAACUUCAGUUAUAACCUCUCUCUCGGACAUCUAUAUCCCUCCUUUCUGUCCCUCCUUCUCCCUCACUCUGCUUCUACUCCCCAGUCCCACUAUCGCCCCUCUACCCCUGUUAUCACCUGUUAUCACCUGUCUAAACCUCCAGACUUUCACCAGUAGACUAUCUCCUCCUCUCCCCCUCUCUCUUCCCCCACUCUCACUCUCUCCCAUUUGUAUAACCACAGUAUAUCUAAUGUGUUAGAGCUCUCUAUCUCCACGUCUCCCAUCCAGACCAGCUGUCCGGCCCACUCUGACCAGGGUAGACCCCACAGCAGACAGGCUCCACCUCGCAGCCCACUACCCAGCUCCGUAAGACCGCUACAUCCACCGCUAUGUUCUCGUGUCCCCCGUCCUUGUCUCCUCCCAGGCCCUCUGGGUGUCCCCUGGGUUUCCCCUUCCCCUUCCACUGCUAUGUCUCCCUGUCCCUUGUCCGGUGUCCCUUGCGUGUUCAAUGUCUUCUACGUCCCUGUUCCCUAUGUUCCCUGUCCAUGUCUCCGCCCAGCUCCGUAAGACGCCACCACUACGUCCCUGUCUCCUCCCAGACCCCUCCGUCUGCGUGUCACCCUCCCGUCUCUGUCCCUCCACCAAACUGGUCCCUUAUACCCAUCCGUCUAUGUUUAGGACUGUUUUAUGUUGUGUUGAUUAUGUUUUAUCUUGCUUAACAUUGCUUAAAAGUUUGGCUUAUAGUGGGACUGGGUGAAUUCUGCUGGUUGAAGGUGUGUGAUAAUGGUGGAGGGCUCUUGUUCUCUCUGUUUGUCCCUGUGUGAAGAGAAUACUAUCCAUAAUAAAUAAAGCCCUUUGUAUUUGUUUGUUUGUCUCUCCUUCCUCCCUCCCUCCCCUCCAUCACUCCAUCAGGAGCAGCACAAACAGGUAGAGGACCCGGGAAGGGAGGUGAAGAAGGUUCGUAAGGCCCGUAAUCGCAGACAGGAGUGGAAUAUGAUGGCUUAUGACAAGGAGUUCCGCCCCGAUACCAGACUCACCCCCUCACCCUAUCACGGAAUGUCCUCCGAGGGGUCGCUAUCACCCGAUAACAGGUGAGCCCAGAGUCAAUGAAUUGGUCAAUCUAUCAAUUACUCAACCAAUCGAUCAACCGAUUUCUAUUUGUGUAGUGCUUUUUACAAAUACAGUGCUUUCGGAAAGUAUUCAGACCCCUUGACUUUUUCCACAUUUUGUUACCUUACAGCCUUAUUCUAAAUGGAUUAAACAAAUUAUAAUCCUCAGCAAUCUACAUACAAUACCACAUAAUGACAAAGCAAACACAGGUUUUUAGAAAUGUUUGUAAAUAUGAAAAAUAUAUAUACAGUACCAGUCAAAAGUUUGGACACACCUACUCAUUCAAGGGUUUUUCUUUAUUUUUACUAUUUUCUACAUUGUAGAAUAAUACUGAAGACAUCAACACUAUGAAAUAACACAUAUGGAAUCAUGUAGUAACCAAAAAAGUGUUAAACAAAUGAAAAUAUAUUUUAUAUUUGAGAUUCUUCAAAUAGCCACCCUUUGCCUUGAUGACAGCUUUGCACACUCUUGGCAUUCUCUCUACCAGCUUCACCUGGAAUGCUUUUCCAACAGUCUUGAAGGAGAUCCCACAUAUGCUAAGCACUUGUUGGCUGCUUUUCCUUCACACUGCCGUCCGACUCAUCCCAAAUCAUCUCAAUUGGGUUGAGGUCGGGGGAUUGUGGAGGCCAGUUCAUCUGAUGCAGCACUCCAUCACUCUCCUUCUGGUAAAAUAGCCCUUACACAGCCUGGAGGUGUGUUGGGUCAUUGUCCUGUUGAAAAACAAAUGAUAGUCCCAGUAAGCCCAAACCAGACGGGAUGGCGUAUCGCUGCAGAAUGCUGUGGUAGCCAUGCUGGUUAAGUGACACUGUCUAUCACAGACAGUGUCACUAGCAAAGCACCCCCAUACCAUAACACCUCCUCCUUCAUGCUUUACGGUGGGAAAUACACAUGCAGAGAUCAUCCGUUCACCCGCACCGCGUCUCACAAAGACACGGCGGUUGGAACCAAAAACCUCCAAUUUGGACUUCAGACCAAAGAACACAUUUCCACCGGUCUAAUUUCUAUUGCUCAUGUUUAUCGGCCCAAGCAGGUCUCUUCUUCUUAUUGGUGUCCUUUAGAAGUGGUUUCUUUGCAGCAAUUCGACCAUGAAGGCCUGAUUCACACAGUCUCCUCUGAACAGUUGAUGUUGAGAUGUGUCUGUUACUUGAACACUGUGAAGCAUUUAUUUGGGCUGCAAUUUCUGAGGCUGGUAACUCUAAUGAACUUAUCCUCUGCAGCAGAGGUAACUCUGGGUCUUCCAUUCCUGUGGCAGUCCUCAUGAGAGCCAGUUUCAUCAUAGUGCUUGAUGGUUUUUGUGACUGCACUUGAAGAAACUUUCUAAGCUCUUGACAUUUUCCGUAUUGACUGACCUUCAUGUCUAAAAGUAAUGAUGGACUGUUGUUUCUCUUUGCUUAUUUGAGCUUUUCUUGCCAUAAUAUGGACUUGGUCUUCAAGGCAUGGGGUGGCUAUUUGAAGAAUCUCAAAUAUAAAAUAUAUGUUGAUGUGUUUAACACUUUUUUAGUUACUACAUGAUUCCAUAUGUGUUAUUUCAUAGUUUUGAAGUCUUCACUAUUAUUCUAGUAAAAAUAUAGAAAAACCCUUGAAUGAGUAGGUGUGUCCUAACUUUUGACUGGUCGUGUAUAUACAGUGCCUUCGGAAGGUAUUCAGACCCCUUAGCAAUCUGCACACAAUACCCCAUAAUGACAAAGCGAAAACAGGUUUUUAGAAAUGUUUGCAAAUGUAUAAAAAAUAUAAAACUGAAUAAUCACAUUUACAUAAGUAUUCAGACCCUUUGCUAGGAGACUCAGGUGCAUCUUAUUUCCAUUGAUCAUCCUUGAGAUGUUUCUACAACUUGAUUGGAAUCCACCUGUGGUAGAUUCAAUUGAUUGGACACGAUUUGGAAAGGCACACACCUGUCUAUAUAAGGUCCCAGAGUUGACACAGUGGCCUCCAUCAUUCUUAAAUGGAAGAAGUUUGGAACCACCAAGACUCUUCCUAGAGCUGGCCGCCCGGCCAAACUGAGCAAUCAGGGGAGAAGGGCCUUGGUCAGGGAGCUGACCAAGAACCCGAAGGUCACUCUGACAGUGUUCUAGAGUUCCUCUGUGGAGAUGGGAUAACCUUCCAGAAGGACAACCAUCUCUGCAGCACUCCACCAAUCAGGCCUUUAUGGUAGAGUGACCAGACGGAAGCCACUCCUCAGUAAAAGGCACAUGACAGCCCACUUGGAGUUUGCCAAAAGGCACCCAAAGACUCUCAGACCAUGAGAAACAAGAUUCUCUGGUCUGAUGAAACCAAUAUUGAACUCUUUGGCCUGAAUGCCAAGCGUCACAUCUGGCCCUGUUACUAUCCCUAUGGUGAAGCAUGGUGUUGGCAGCAUUAUGCUGUGGGAUGUUUUUCAGCUGCAGGGACUAGGAGACCAGUCAGGAUUGAGGCAAAGAUGAACGGAGCAAAGUACAGAGAGAUCUUGAACCCGAUCAAACAUCUCUGGAGAGACCUGAAAAUAGCUGUGCUGCAAUGCUCCCCAUCCAACCUGACAGAGCUUGAGAGGAUCUGCAGAGAAGAAUAGGAGGAACUCCCCAAAUACAGGUGUGCCAAGCUUGUAGCGUCAUGCCCAAAAAGACUCAAAGCUGUAAUUGCUGCCAAAGGUUCUUCAACAAAGUACUGAGUAAAGGGUCUGAAAACGUAUGUAAAUGUGAUAUUUCUGUUUUUUAUUUGUAAUAAAUUAGCAAAAAUUUCUAUAAACCUGUUUUUGCUUUGUCAUUAUGGGGUAUUGUGUGUCGAUUGGGGUAUUGUGUGUAGAUGGUCACUCUGACAGAGCUCCAGGGGACUCUCAGACCAUGAGAAACAAGAUUUUCUGGUCUGAUGAAACCAAGAUUGAACUCUUUGGCCUGAAUGCCAAGCGUCACGUCUGGAGGAAACCUGGCACCAUCCCUACGGGGAAGUAUGGUAGUGGCAGCAUCAUGCUGUGGGGAUGUUUUUCAGCGGCAGGGACUGGGAGACUAGUCAGGAUCGAGGGAAAGAUAAACUGAGCAAAGUACAGAAAGAUCCUUGAUGAAAACCUGCUCCAGAGUGCUCAGGACCUCAGACUGGGGCGAAGGUUCACCUUCCAACAGGACAACGACCCUAAGCACACAGCCAAGACGACGCAGGAGUGACUUCGGGACAAAUCUCUGAAUGUCCUUGAGUGGCCCAGCCAGAACCCGGACUUGAACCCGAUCUAAACAUCUCUGGAGAUACCUGAAAAUAGCUGUGGGGUGACGCUUCCCAUCCAACCUGACAGAGGUUGAAAGGAUCUGCAGAGAAGAAUGGGAGAAACUCCUCAAAUCAAAUUUUAUUUGCCACAUGCGCCGAAUACAACAGUGAAAUGCUUACUUACAUGCCCUUAACCAACAAUGCAGUUUUUAAGAAAGGAAAAAAAUAGUGUUUAGUAAAAAAUCAUAAAAACAAAUAGCAAAUAAUUAAAGAGCAGCUGUAAAAUAAAAUAACAGUUGGGAGGCUAUAUACAGGGGGUACUGGUACAGAGUCAAUGUUUGGGGGCCCCGUUAGUCGAGGUAAUUGAGGUAAUAUGUACAUGUGGGUAGAGUUAAAGAGACUAUGCAUAAAUAAUAAACAGAGUAGCAGCAGCGUAAUAAUCACAGACAGCAAAUAAUCUGGGUAGCCAUGAUUAGCUGUUCAGGAGUCUUAUGGCUUGGGGGUAGAAGCUGUUAAGAAGCCUUUUGGACCUAGGCUUGGCGCUCCGAUACAGCUUGCCGUGCGGUAGCAGAGAGAACAGUCGAUGACAAGGGUGGCUGGAGUCUUUGACAAUUUUUAGGGCCUUCCUCUGACACCGCCUGGUAUAGAGGUCCUGGAAGGCAGAAAGCUUGGCCUCAGUGAUGUACUGGGCCGUACGCACUACCCUCUAGUGCCUUGCGGUUGGAGGCCAAGCAGUUGCCAUACCAGGCGGUGAUGCAACCAGUCAGGAUGCUCUCGAUGGUGCAUCUGUAUAACUUUUUGAGGAUCUGAGGACCCAUGCCAAAUCUUUUCAGUCUCCUGAGGGGAAAUAGGCUUUGUCGUGCCCUCUUCACGACUGUCUUGAUGUGUUUGGAUACAGGUGUGCCAAGCUUGUAGCGUCAUACCCAAGAAGACUCGAGGUUGUAAUAGCUGCCAAAGGUGCUUCAACAAAGUACUGAGUAAAGGGUCUGAAUACUUAUGUAAAUGUGAUAUUUUAGUAAAUUGUUUUUAAUAGAUUUGCAAAAAUGUCUAUAAAUCAGUUUUUGCUUUGUCAUUAUGAGGUAUUGUGUGUAGAUUUAUGAGGAAACAAAUCUAUUAAAUCAUUUUAGAAUAAGGUUGUAUCAUAACAAGAUGUGGAAAAAGUCAAGGGGUCAGAAUACUUUCCGAAUGCGCUGUACAUGUGUCAUGAAUUGUUCAGUGACUGGCCAGUCUUCAGUGUGCUAAGGCACAGUCUAGCUGUCUUCUGCCCUCUGCUGGGUAAAAAAAAAAGUCUAACUGAAAUCCAUAAUAUUUCUAUAUCUCAUUUCCAAGGAAUCUGAUAUUCCCAGUAUGGACUUUAUAAGAAGGAUAUCACUUUAAUUAACUGAAGUUUUUGUGAACAAUAUUCUUUGUCCUCAAUUCCCCCUCCCUCUCCCCUCCCAGGUCGGUGGCAUCAGACAUGGGUGAGCACUCCUACCCGGCCAGCCCUAACCACCCCUCCCAGCCCCCCUCCGCCCCCCACCCUAUCGACGUUGCCCCCCACCUCACCCAGACACCACAGACCCAGUCCUUAGACAGAGGUGGGUACCCUCGACCUAACCUCCCCUCUGGUGCAGUCGCUGGGGGAAGACAUAUCGCCUCUCUGGGGCGCACCCAGCACCCCCACGCACCCCCCGCCCCCUCUGAGGGGGGAGCACUCAAUGGACCACGGCAGCAGUCUGUCAAGGACUACAGGGCAUAUGGGUAAGAACACCGCAUAGAAAUAGAAUCACCAAACACUAAAUUGACUGUGAAUGUUCAUUCUAGAAAUUCUAAUUCUCGAAGCCUUUGUAAUUCUAGAAGAAUGUCUUUGACACUGAUAUUUGACAUAUAACAUUUCACUUGAUUUUAGUUAAGAGAAUUGAUCCAGCCAACAGAUUUGCCCACUGUUGCCAAUUAGUGUCUGAUUGUGUUCUUUCUCUCUUUCUUUCUCUUCCUCCUCCCUUAGCGGCCAGCCAUCAACCAUCCCUGAGUACUUCACCCCCCCUGCCCCUCCCCCCCCCCCACUCAUCCCCUCCGCACAGACCGCCUUCGACUCCACCUCCCCCCUUCCUCCCCCCUCCCUUCCCCCCGGGGCUGUGGCGGUCAUGUCCCGCCCUUACAGUCCCUCCCCUCCUCCCCCCGCCCCCCCUGCCAACUAUGUCCCCUCCCCCUCUCACCCCCCCUCCGGUGCCCCUCCCACUGCCCCCCCUCCUCCCCCACCCGGCCUGCCCCCCUCCCACAUCCUGUCUCCGGCUCAGGCCAUUGGUGGAGAAGCUCCUGCCACCAAGAAGGGCCAGAUGCCGAUGAUUCCAAUAAGCGACGCUCGCAGCGACCUGUUGGCCGCCAUACGUAGAGGUGAGACAGAGGGGGAGAGAAUUGGGGUGUGGAUGUGGGUGUGUGUGUGGGGGGGUUGUAUGUGUGUGUUUAUGUAUGCGUGUGUGUAUUUUUUUCUUGUUUAAGUUUGUUUUCGUGUGUGGGUUUGUGUGUGUGUGUGUGUGUGUGUGUGCGCAUGCGUGUGUGUGUGCUUAGGUGUGCUUCCGAUGAGCAAUGCUCGCAGUGAACUGCUGGCAGCCAUACGCAGAGGUGAGACAGAUAGAGGGAAUGUGUGUGCAUGUGUGCAUGGAUACAUGUGUAUCCACUUGUGAAUGAGUACAUUUAGCGUAUGUGAAAUGGCUAGCUAGUUAUCGGUAGUGUUGCACAAUAUACCGAAACUUCAGUACUUUGUCGAUACUAGAACAUGAAAAACGUUUCAGUACUAGAAUUUCUGUUACUUUCGGUACUUCUGUCAAAUGUGUCUCACGUCAUAACUAUUUAGAGGAUCAAAUCUCUCUAUCAGCGCAGAUGAUGUCCCCUUUAUAGCGCGAGCGCACUGUGCAUGCCUCUUGCCUGCUCCACUUACUCAUUUCUGGAGCUAGCUCUAGCCUGUCCUGAGGAACCACUGCACUCACUGGGAGUCUGGGCUGCAUCAUCUUGGCUCCCCACUCAUGCUGCACAGAAGUAAUCACACUUGAAUAAUGCAACACGGCAUGUAGAAAUGUUGAAAAUGUUAAUUACUGUAACUGAAAACAAUGACCAUACAGGCUAGAACACUUUACAAUGCAAGAAGAUACCGGUAGCUUCCAGCUUUGUAGGCCAACUUCCCUUGCUAGCUUUGUUUGUCAUAAUAUGCAAACCAUAAUGCAAAAUAUACUGAUUUCAAAGCUGAUUCAUUCACAUCGUCUCCCUCACAUCACGUCUCUCGCUCUAAAUGAAUGUGAGUGCAUGUGCCUCUUAAAUGACGUCAACACUGGGUCUUAAAGAGACAGCGCAUACUUUUAUAAAAUAAGAAAUUGCUUCUCCUAUGAAAAUGUUGUUGAUCAGUACAAUAAAAUAAGUCCCAAAUGAAUGGGAAACAGAUUGUUUGUCAUCUGCAGCCCCUUGAUUUACAGAGAUUUACCAUUUAAAUAAAUGAUUACCAUUUAUGUUGUUAUGUAGUAAGAUUGAUAAAAACAAAGUCAAAUUGAUUGCAGAAUUGUAUAAUUGAUUUAUUAAUGCGUACAUGCUGUCUGAAAUAUUGACAUAAAAAAUGUAUAAUGUAAUGAAAUUGAACUCAAAAGAUGCCCAACGAUUGAACAGAGCGGUAGCUGAGUUUAUCUGUUUAACCUUAUCGAGUAUCAUGAUACUAAACCUGGUAUCGGUAUCGAAGUAAAGAUUCUGGUAUCGUGACAACACUAGUUAGCUGUGUGUUUGUAGCUUUCCUCUGUGAUGAGACCUAUAAGGAGAUCAUUCCCCUUAGAAGCAUGGCUUUGGUGGUCCGUAGGGUUGCAAAAUUCCGUAAACUUGCCCAAAAUUCCCUGGUUUUCCAGAAAUCCUGGUUGAAAGAUUCACGGAAUUGGGAGGGGAAAAAACCUGGGAAUUUUGGGGAAGUUACAGGAAUUUUGCAACAGGUAAGGCUGCUUCUGUGGGUGACACGCUGUCGAUGUGUUCAGAGGGUCUCUGGUUCGAGCCCAGUGAGGGACAGGGACAGAAGCAAUACUGUUACAUACAUAUGAAGCUCUGUGUGUGUGUGUGUGUGUGUGUGUGUGCCUGCGUGCCUGCCUAGUGUAUGUAUCUAUCUAACCCCUCACUCCCUCCAUCCCUCCUUCAAUACCUUCCUCCAUCUCUCCAGGUAUCCAGUUGAGGAAGGUCCAGGAACAGAGAGAGCAGGAAGCGAAGAGAGAGCCAGUUGGAAACGACGUGGCCACCAUCCUAUCACGUCGCAUCGCCGUCGAGUACAGCGAAUCAGAUUCCGACUCCGGCGGGGAGGACAACGGGGAGUGGUCCGACUGA